AUGACCAAGGAAUCUAAUUCUUGUUUGGAAAAGAUUGAUUUUGGUUUGAGAAACUACAAGACCAUUUUGUUUGUUGAUAUUAAUAAAGAGAAAUUGAAGGUGAUUUUCUUUCUCAAGUGCCAAGUGGUUAUUCCUCCCUUGGAUAUCUGGAGAGGGAACGCAGAUUUGAUGAAUGGUGUUCCUAGGAUAACUUCUUGGUUUUGGCAUAUUGGUUUCCUUGCUGGUAUCAGAGUCAGAUGGGGAAGUAGGAAUGUUUAUCGUAAGGGAAUCUGCUACAUUAAUUUUGGAUUGCCAUUUCAAGAGCAUCAUAUUCGAACUGGCUGUGGUAUUAUGUCUGUCAUAGUCUAUGGCGAUCCUGACAAACCAGCUUUGAUCACUUAUCCAAAUUUGGCUCUAAAUUAUAUGUCAUGUUUUCAAGGACUAUUUUUCUGUCCAGAAGCAGCUUCUUUACUGCUUCACAACUUUUGCAUAUAUCAUAUCAGUCCUCCUGGACAUGAGUUGGGAGCAAAUGCAAUUUGUGCCGAGGAUCCUGUUCCUUCUCCUGAAGAUUUAGCAGAUCAAAUAAUUGAGGUCCUAAAGUAUUUUGGGCUUGGUGCAGUGAUGUGUAUGAGAGUGACAGUCGGUGCUUAUAUCCUUACUCUUUUUGCUGUGAUGGCAAAUUUGAUAUAUUUCUACGGUAUGUGUGGCUUGCUAAAAGAGUGUUUGCUUCAGCGAUACUUCAACAAGGAAGUUCGUGGAAACGUUGAAGUUGCAGAAUCAGAGAUAGUUCAAGCUUGCAGAAAAUGGCUGGAUAAGAGAAAAAGAACAAAUGCCUUGCGGUUUCUUGAAGCAAUUAAUCAGAGACCUGACAUUUCAGAUGGAUUAAUUGGUGCUAUUAGGCUGCUAUGA